CUUCUUCUAUGAGAAAAUAGUUCUUCGCAUUUCUUCAUUGUCUAACUACUUGAUGAAUAAAUAUUAAAUGUAAAAUAAAAAACACACACUAGUUUUCGAAGCAAAUGAGCUUUUUUAUUAUUUAUAUCAAAAUAUAAUAACAACAAAGUGUCUACAAUGUAACAACUUUCGACGAAAUUUUCUUGAUAACGCGCACUUGAUAUAGAAAUGGUAACAUCCUGAAAGAUAGAUAGUUAAGUGAUUAUAGCUGAAUAAAUGAUGAUUCGAAAAAUACAACGCGCAACUAUGUGGAAAAUGAAAAGGAAGGAGAAGUUACAUUGUAUUCAAGUAUGAUACUUAAGUAUGAUCGAUUGACGAUUUCUUAUACCGUGCUGAAGAAAAUGAAGACAACAUCGAACAAAGACUUCGCUUACGCUAUGACCCCGUUGAAGUUCUUGUCAUGGCCUUUGGGUACCUGGCCGCUUCAGGUGUUCAAUACAUUCUCGAUCAUACGUGCCAUGUUUUCAACUUUUUUUGUGCUGCUAAUGCUAGCGAUCCUACAAGUGGAAUUAUAUUUGGACAGAAGCAACGCGGAAAAUAAUCUGGAUGCUCUAGUAUUAAUCAAUGGUGGCAUUUUGGCAGUGGCAAAGGUAAUGUGUUUUCAUGUAUGGCCCAUAGGACUCAACUCCAAUUUUACUUCUGCGGUUAAGGAUUACAACGAAUUAAACAGUGAAGAAAACCGAGUGAUUGUGCGCCGACACGCUUACAUGGGUAGAGUAGCGUGAGCCAGUUUAAUAUUUAGCUCGUAUGUUGCCUCCACGCUUUUCAUGACUGUGCCUAUGUUUGCUGGGGAUGAAGAAGAAAUGAUUAAUGUAACGGAAGAAAGUGCAAUAAAAUAUCCUAUGCCAUCUGAAAAUACACUAACACUUAUAAAUAUGCCGGAAAAUAUGUAUUUUGUGAUUUUUAUUGUAGAAUAUUUAAUGUUGCUACUUACGAGUACUGGAAAUCUAGGUAGUGAUUCAUUGUUUUUUGGUAUUGCCUUUCAUUUGUGCGGUCAAGUGGAAAUUUUGAAACUAGAAUAUAAUAAAUUGUCCAACGAGAACGAAAAAACAACGAAACAUAUUACUUUAUUAACCAAGAGGCAUAUUUAUUUGCUGAAACUAAGCGACAUGUUAAAUGAAACAAUUAGCUCUAUUUUGAUCGUACAACUAUUUUCAAGUUGUGUGCUUAUAUGUACAACCGGAUUUGAAUUUAUUCUCGCUUUAAGUAUUGGAAAUAUCGUUAUGACAAUAAAAACGUUUAUAGUAAUAUGUGUACUAUUGAUACAAUUAUUCGCAUAUAGUUACGUGGGUGAAUAUUUAAAAACUCAAACUGAAGAUCUUGGUAAUUCGGUAUACUUCUGUACUUGGUACGAUAUGCCAAAAAAUGUGUCACAAAACAUUAUUUUUAUCAUUAUGAGAGCUCAACAUCCUGUUCUCUUGACGGCUGGGAAAUUCUUUGUUGUCAAUAUGGAAACGUAUAUGAGUAUUUUAAAAACUUCGAUGUCGUAUCUUUCAGUUCUCCGAGUGAUGCUUACAUCUUCUAAAAAAAUGAAGACAACAUCGAAUAAAGACUUCACUUACGCUAUGACUCUGUUGAAAUUCCUGUCAUGGCCCGUAGGAACUUGGCCUUUUCAAGUGUACGAUACAUUUUCACUUACACGUACCAUAUUUUCAAUUUCACUUUUGUUGCUUAUGAUAGCAAUCGUGCAAGUGGAAUUAUAUUUGGACAGAAGCAACGCGGAAAAUAACCUAGAUGCUCUUCUAUUAAUUAAUUGCGGCAUUUUGGCAGUGGCAAAAGUGAUGAGUUUUCGUGUACGUUCUACAGGACUUGUAUCCAAUUUUAUUUCUGCGGUUAAGGAUUACAACGAAUCAAACGAUGAAGAAAAUCGUGUGAUUAUGCGUCGGCACGCUUACAUGGGUAGAGUUGCAUGCCUUAGUUUAAUAUCUUGUUCGUAUGUCUGCUCCACGCUUUUCAUAACUGUGCCUAUGCUUGCUGGGGACGAAAUAGAAGUGAUUAAUGUAACCGAAGAAAGUGUAAAAUAUCCAAUUCCAUCUAAAAAUGCAUUGGAAAUUAUAAAUAUGCCUGAUAAUUUGUAUUUUAUGGUUUUCAUCGUAGAAUACAUGAUGCUACUAUUCACGAGUAUUGGGAAUCUAGGUAGUGAUUCAGUGUUUUUCGGUAUUAUUUUUCAUUUGUGCGGUCAAGUGGAGAUUUUGAAACGAGAAUAUAGUAAAAUGUUCAACAAAAACGAAAAAAUAACGGAACAUUUUAUUUUAUUAAUCAAAAGGCACAUUUAUUUGUUAAAUCUGAGUAAAAUACUGAAUGAGACAAUUAGUUCUAUUCUGGUCAUCCAACUUUUUUCAAGCUGUGUUCUUAUAUGUACAACUGGAUUUCAAUUUAUUCUCGCUUUGAGCAUUGGAAAUAUCGUCUUGACGAUAAAAAUACUUAUAAUAAUGUGCGUACUCUUGAUACAACUAUUCGCAUAUAGUUAUGUAGGUGAAUAUUUGAAGACUCAAACUGAAAGCGUCGGUAAUUCGGUGUACUUCUGCACUUGGUAUGAUAUGCCAAAAAAUAUAUCGAAAGAUAUUAUUUUUAUUAUUAUGAAAGCUCAACGUCCAGUUCUCUUAACAGCUGGAAAAAUCUUUGUUGUUAAUAUGGAAACAUAUAUAAGUAUUUUAAAAACUUCGAUGUCGUAUCUUUCAGUUCUCCGAGUGAUGGUAAAUUCUUAAGAUUUUUAUAUUGUAGCAAAUAUUUUAAGAAUAUAAAAGAAUUUAAAAAUUUGUAUUAAUAUAGUAAAUUUAUAUUAGUGAAAUAAAAUAUAAUAAAAUAAAAUAAAUGAUACAUUCUUGGUGAUCCAUUAAUCAAAUAUUCGAAUUUAAAUCAUUUUAGUGUUGAAAAUGUACAGAUAUCAUCUCAGUAGACUGUAAUAAAUGAUUUUCGAAAUGAAUAACAGAUGGCACUGUGAUAGCACUGUGAUGUUAUUUGAUAUAUGGAUAAUACAAAAAACAACAAUAUAGAUCAGCAGUGCCAUCAUGCGGCAUAAAAGAACAUAUA